AUGUUCAGAACGUUGCAAAACCAACCGUCGGUGAUCCUGAUCUUCCACAACCAGAAGCUGAAGGCGUCGCAGGCUCUUUACCAAGUGGUCGAGAAGCUCACGUCAAAGGCGCCCGUCGCCGAUAAGGUCUACCUCGACUUGGUGACGAACCAGAUGCCUACUUACGACCAAUUCUCCACCAUUGUCUCCAAUGUCCCUACUGACGACAGCUACGGCCAGCGGGUGCUUAGACAGGCGUUCCCUUUGCUUAGCGACAAGCACUCGGAAAAGGGUACCACCCACACCACGAUUAAAGGUGCCCCGCAAAUGUUUAAUGAAGGCGAGUACAACAUCAUCCGAGACACGUUUGACAAGAUCGAGAACGGGGCGGCGUCGGAGGUGUCUGACCCGGAGGAGUUGUUCACCGCCCCCUUGGUCGUCGACUGGGACCGCGCCACCAUCGCCAACGACGAGGAGGGGCUUAAGAAGAUGUUGAGUCUCUACGAGAAGGAGGAGGCCGCCAAGUGA